AUGUCCGACGUGGUGGUCCCCAGCUUCUUCCCGACGCCCACCGAGAUCGCCGGCGGCAUCCGCUGGGUGAGGCAACACCCGGUCGUGGCCACGGCCGCCGCCGCCGCCGCCACGGCUGUGAGCGUGCUCACGUACCUCAAGGCGGCGGCCGAGGACGAGCGCGAGCUGAAAUUAGACGUGCACAAGGAGAGCGAGGCCGACGACCUGUGCAGCAGCACGGAGAGCGGCGCGUCCACGCCCACAAGAGACCGCAACCUGAGUCCGCGCAACCUCAGUUUCGGCGAGUUAGAGACAGAGUCGGACGUUGUCCCAGCCGAGGUGAGCGCGGACGUGGAGAACAGUGAACUGGAGGCGGCAUUGCUUCAGGCAGACGGAGAGACGGUGUCCCCGCAGUGGGGGUGGUAUGUCUCCACGACGCCCCCAGAGGAGUAUUACCAGUGAUUCAUCCUUCCAUCCCAACCCGUCCACCAUCAAGUGCCGUAGAAUUUUGACCCGCAACGAAAGUGUUGCGACGGACUCCCCACCAACACCACCCAGUUCCACCCCUUCUAUCGGUGAAAAACUCA